GUGACCUGUCAAGUGAAUCCUGUCAUAGUUUUUCGCGCUAAAACUGCUGAGUUCGCUGCCGAAUAAAUAAUUUUAUAGUUAAAACUACCGUUAAUUGAAAACAAUUCAAGCUGAAUUCCCGUUGUAUUUCAUCUUUUGUUAGACAAUUAUCGAAAAUGCCUUCCGAAGUGCGUUCUACCUUAAAAUUCACGCGCCUUACCGAGCACGCGUUUCCACCCAUGAAAGGUUCUGAAAAAGCUGCCGGUUUUGACUUGAAAAGUGCAUACGACUACGUAGUACCGGCCCGCGGAAAGGAGUUGGUGAAGACUGAUCUACAGAUUGAACUGCCUUCAGGCUGCUACGGUCGCGUAGCACCGCGCUCCGGCCUCGCUGUCAAAAACUUCAUAGAUGUAGGAGCCGGAGUAAUAGAUGAAGAUUACCGUGGCAAUGUCGGUGUAGUUCUCUUCAACCACUCCGACCAGGACUUUGUGGUGAAGAAGGGUGACCGGAUCGCUCAGCUCAUCUGUGAGAAGAUAGAAUACCCUGAGCUGCUCGAAGUAGCCAACUUGUCUGAGACCAAGAGAGCUGAAGGAGGGUUUGGUUCUACUGGUACCCAGUAAUUGCUUUUCCUUUUUAUUUAGGCUGUGUUUGGCUUGUUGUCAUGCCAGAUACAAAGUGAUCCACCUCCUUUCUUUAAUAAAUCUUAAUUUGUUAAAAAUUAAAAUAAUCUCUUCAAAUAUCCAUUAAAAUAAUACAGCUUGAGAAGCUCAUAUUAUUGAUUUAUGAGAAUUGAUAUAAAAUAACCUGUUUUUGAAAUUAUUUUAACACCAAAUUAUUGUAAUUUUAUUAUGUGUUUUAGUUUCCAUUCUGGCUCCAUUUUGGUGACUAUUCGGGCAUAUACAAACUGAACCUAAUUUUAGUAUGACAGGCUUAAACUAGUGCUGUCCUUCACUUACAAUAAGUGCAAGAAAGAGAUAAAGCUAGGUUUGGUCCUGUUUAAAUUGGUGGUUGCCUGAGCCUCAUUAAUUCCGCCAUGUAUGUUCUUGUCGCUCUAGCAAAUGAGGGUUUCCUGAGUGACAGAAAAGGAUAGAUGCAUAGGAAAGUGCGAUGCAGCCAUAUGUAGUUCAGCCCAUGUUUAAGCUUUUAAGUAAUAAGUGUCUCAAUUGUGAUAACUUUUGAUAAGUGUAAUGUUAUUAAGGUAAUAUAAGGUUCCUGUAAGAUUUUCACAUUUGGAAAUAAAUCUGUCAUUCCAUACAUAA